GCUAGAUGGCGCAAACGAUAUAAUUGGCGACUUCACUUACAAAAUGGCGCUUGAUUUGAAGAAAGGAGUGUUAAGAUUUCGGACAUGAUAAGACCUUGGAUGUCAAGAUGGAGAUGAGUCUGGAUUCAAUUUGUCACCGCAUCCGUGUACUGGAUGACCUGAUACAGGGCAAUGUUGAGACGUCCGAGAUCCACACUUCAGUUGUCACGAAGGAGGGACUUUUAGAUGCCCUUGUCACACUGUAUGAAGAAUGUGGGCAUGAGUUUGUCAAGCAAAACAAACAUGUGGCAGCAUUUGUUAAGAAGUAUGGUAAGACGUUAUGUGAGAUUAAAAAAUUACGAAUCAAGGCAACAGAUUUUGAGGUGAAGGAUGCAAUAGGACGAGGACACUUUGGAGAAGUACUGGUAGUGAGGGAAAAGAGCACUGAUACUGUGUAUGCUAUGAAGAUCCUUCGCAAAAAUGAGACCUUGGCACAACAGGAGAUUUCAUUCUAUGAAGAAGAGAGAGAUAUCAUGGCUAAAGCAACCAGUCCAUGGAUUACACGUCUACAUUACGCCUUCCAGGACUCUCAAAACCUCCAUCUUGUCAUGGACUUUCACGCUGGAGGAGAUCUUCUCACGCUGUUGUCCAGACAUGAUGACAUAUUUGAGGAGUCCAUGGCCAGGUUCUACCUGGCUGAGAUGUCAUUGUCAAUAGAUGCCUUACAUAAGAUGGGCUAUGUUCACAGGGAUAUCAAGCCAGAGAAUAUAUUACUUGACUGCAAGGGCCACGUUAAACUAGCAGACUUUGGAUCUGCCGCAAAACUUUCUGUUGAUGGACUGGUGUCUUCACAAAUGCCGGUGGGCACUCCAGAUUACGUAUCACCAGAGCUGUUGAUCACGAUGAACAAUGACCAGCGCAGAAGUGACAAUGGUGUAGAGGUCGAUUGGUGGUCCCUCGGGAUCUGUCUCUACGAAAUGUUGUUUGGCAAAACCCCCUUCACAGAUGAGGGUGGCUCUAUGGUCAUCACAUACUCAAAUAUCAUGAACUUCAAGAAAUGCCUCAAAUUUCCUGAGGGUCAUCACCUGUCUUCAUCCGCUGUGAACCUCAUUCGUAGUCUCCUCACAGACAAGGACGAGCGACUAGGCUUCAAGGGAAUCACCAAACAAAAGUUCUUUAGUUCUAUCAACUGGGAAGAAAUCCGACAAGAAAAGCCCCCUUUUGUGCCACACCUUUCAUGUCUGGAUGACACUUCCAAUUUUGAGGAGCUAGAGAGAGUGCGGUACCAACCAACAUUUGAGGAUUUCCAGAAACCCCAGGAGUUCACGGGGAAAGACCUACCCUUUGUAGGGUUUACUUACAUCAGAAAGCAGCACAACGACAGUCAACCCAAAAGUAAUCAAGGUUGCAGUACUAGUGGGUCGGACUCCUCAGAGACUGACUUUUCCUCUACGGAGACAGAAUACUGUGUCCCUGCCAGGCGUUCACACAACUCUGGACACGCCGACCUUCAGGUUACUCUCACUGUCAAGGUCGCAGAACUACAAACUAUGAAGGAGACCUGCCACAAGCUGGAGGAAUCCGAGUGUCACCUGAGGACAGAAGUGGAGCAUCUAAGAUUCACAGGACAGGAGAAAGAGGAAGAACUCUCUCGACUGAACAUUGAGAACGAAGGGCUUCAGGUCGACCUACAAAGAUAUGUGGAAAGAUCUCAGGAUUUGAAAGCUCAGCUAGAUGUAGCACUUCAUGAGAAAGACCGGUUGGAACUGAAUGCUGAGAAUCUAUAUGUUGAAAUUAAAGACAUGCAGACAGAGGCAAAGCAGAUAGAAACCGAAAUCCGCAGGUCAGAGAUGGAAGAGAUGCAGGAUGUUGUUGUUGAAUUGGAGCAAACUAACUGUAACCUGCGUACUAAACUCCGGAGUCGAGAAAAACAACUCUCAUUAUGUAGGGAGCAGCUUGAAAAUCAGCAACAACAAAAUUCAAAACUCCAAAGAAAGCUAGAUAAGGAGCAACGAAAGUCCAUUGAUGGUAUGAAGCGUGACUUUUCAAACAUGGAGAAACGAAAUGAGGCAUGGAGGGGUAAAAUGGAGGAAAAAAACAUGGAGGUGAUGGAUCUCAACAAUAAAAUUCAGGAGUUGGAUGAGCUGCUGGAUGCUUACCAGCUUCAGGAGAAAGAUUUCAUGGCGAGGGAACAGGAACUACUCCAUCGUGUAGAUGGCGGUGGCCUCAUAGACAAAAUGGAAUUGCGAGUAUGGUUGAAGUCUUGUCCAAUGCAGGAAAGUAAAGAUUCAGAAAAUAGGAAAAGGAGGAUUGAGGAGCUGGAACAGCGUGUGAAAAUGCAGGACAUUCAGGCAGAGGAGUGGACAGAGAAGGAGAGUAGCUUACAAGAAACCAUAGAUCAACUACAGAGAGAGAUGGACACACUCCUACAGGAGCUGAAAACAUCUGAGAAAUCCAAACAUGGACUCUCUCAUCAGAUGCAAUUCCACCAGGAAGAAGUGAAACAACUAAAACAGAGACUACAGGAUCUGUGUGAGAAUGUUAAACAAGUGAAUCAAAAUGAGGAUGAAAAGGCUAAACAUACCUCCCUGGUAGAGAAGCGAGUCAAGGACCUUGAAGCAGAUGUUGAGCUCUUGCGUACUGAGAGGAGGCGUCUGCUAGCUGAUGUUAUAAAGUUCCAGGAGGAGGUGGAUAACAAAACCUUCAAGGUUGCAGAGCUUGAAAGGGUUCAUACUCAUGUUACGCAGACCUUAUCCCGUCUGACGUCCCGUCUGGAGAGACUCGAGAGACAACUCUCUGACUCCCGUGACAGAGAGGUCGAAGUCAGGCUGCGCACCAAGGAGCAUGCAGACUUCAGACUGAAAGUUGCCAAUGAAAAGAUCAAAGAAUUGGAAGAAGAGAAGACAGGCCUGGAGAAGAAGCAAAGUGAAAAAAAUUCUGAAAUUGACUCUCUAAAGCUCCAGGUGUGUCGAUUAGAGGAGGAGAAAUCCAGGCAGUCUCGCUUACAAGAUGAUUGUGAACACAAGUCUGCACAGCUGAUUGAAACUAAAGACCAGCUGGGCAAGUGUAAAGAGGAAAAGUUUGACCUUUCACAGAAAAAUAGACAGCUUACUGACGACAAGGAAAAUCUACAACACUCUGUCAACAAAUUAGAGGAAAAAGUGGUGAACCUUAACAAACGCUUAAAGGAGGCGGAGUCUAAAGCAAGGGAGGUAAUUCUGCUUAGGAGUGAGAAGGAGGGCCUUGAGAGGAGAAAUGAAGACCUAAAAAAGGAAAAUAGUAAACUCGAUGAACUGACCACAGUGUGCAAGGAAAGAGAUGCCCUCACUAUCAAGCUUCAGAGUGUAGAAAAAGAAUUAGAGGAACAGAAAAUUUUAGCAACAAAACGCUGGAACAAGAUUGCAGAUGCUGAAGAUAUACGCCAAACUAACAAUUACCUGGAAACUAAGGUCAAAGGUCAACAGGAAAAAGUGGAGCAGUUGGAGAUUAAAGUGAAAAAUCUAGAGGGGGAACUAAAAACAUCAAAGGAUCGCGAAAAUCGCAUACAGAGCCUCAUGGAGGAGGUCGAUCGUUUGAGGCUAGAGAAGAAAUCCCUAGAGGUGAAGAUGAGGGAGCUUCAGGUGGAAUCUGAGUCCAAACAGCAGGAGACGACUGGCAAGAAACGUGAGGUACACAUCAUGGAGGAAAAAUUUAGCAAGGAGAAAGAAAAACAUGACCAGGUUAUCGUGGAGUUGAGGCGAGAACUACAUGAUGCCAAUCUAGCCCUCAGCGAAGCACGCUCACUGCUAGCUGCAAGCGAGAGACAGGAACGCAAUAACAAGGAGCGGUAUGAAUCCGAGAUCCGUGACCUUCAACUUAAGCUUCAUAGGUCAGAGAAUAUUGUUGACCUUGAACAAGAGCUUAAGCUCCUUAAGUCCCAGGCUGAGAAAUCUUCCAGGCAGUACAAGGAAAUGGAAGAUAGAAUAUCCAGCCUCCAGAGAGAGAAGAGUUCCAUCAGUAUGGAGAAGCAGAUGAUACGAGAUGAGAUGGUUCAGAAGGAACAUCAGUGUGAAGUAGAAGCACAGAAAGUAGCCAAGCUACAGACUGUGUGUAGUGAGUUGGAGGAGCAGCUACAGGACUUGGAGGCUUUGAAUGAGGAACAUGAGCGCCAACAGGGGGAAUGGAAUAAAAUCAGGAAUACCUUUGAGACGGCUGUUGUGGAGAGAGAAGAAGAGAUCGAGGGAACUUCACACCGACUACAUGCCUUAGAGCAGGCCAAACAGACGGCCAGUGAGAGGGUAGCAGGCAUGAAAAAACAGAUGACGUCCAUGAAAGCAGCUCACAAAGCUGAAAUUGAGGCUCUUAACCACAAAAUAUGGGAGAUACAGAGAGCCAGUCUGAAAACAGAUGCACAGGUGUCAGAAUUGAAGGAACACAACAUGCAGCUCAAGUGUGUGGCCGACUCACAGAAACGUAACCUGGAGACCGAUCUGGACGAGAAAAGAGCUCUUAAGGAGGAGAUUUCCUCAGUGAUGACAGAGUGCCAGGAUUUGCGAACAAAGAACUUGAAGCUAAAACACAGUCUGGACCAGGCCAUGGAUAAAUUUGAACUUAUCUUUGGUGAGAAGGUGGACCUGGAAAACUUCACAGACGCAUUGCAGGGUGUACAUUUCCUGGAGAAGUAUAAAUUUGAAAGUACAAUCGGCCAACAAAUGAAGCUCAUUGACUACCUCCAUGCUCUCUGGGCAGAGAACGCUGCUUCUAAGAAGAAAAAAUCGGGUAGUAAACUGUUUGGAAGUGGUAAACCUAAGGACGUUGUUAGCCCCGGGAAUCCAGUACCAUUACUUGAUCUGCAGUCUGCACUCGACCAGGAACGCAAACGCUGCAAUAAACUUCAGGAACAGAAUGAGAAACUGAGACAGGAAAAGUUUACUCAGGCUAAUGAAUGGGUGGAGCAGAACACCACACCUGGAACUACAGAGAAAAAUCACUCAGUGCUUAGAUUGAUGGGAUCCCUGAAGGAUAACGACACCCUGACGCCAAAGGACAGGGCUGCUGUGGCCACUUUAGUUAGGUCCCCAUCAGCGCCUGUCAAUUUACUGACUCCAAGUGUCAAGCGAUCCAGUAGUAUGUACUCCUACGGCCUUCCCCAGGUUCCAAGUCAGAGGAUGCAUCACAACAUUCCACACCGCUUCGUCACGGGGCUCAACACACGUGCCACAAAGUGUGCCGUGUGUCUUGGCAGUGUUCCAUUUGUCAAGCAGGCAUCAAAGUGUCAAGAGUGUCACAUGGUGUGCCACCCGAAGUGUCUCUCAGCAGCUCCCGCUACGUGUGGGCUUCCGACAGAGUACUUCCAACACUUUCAGGAAAUCAUGAGACGAGAUGAGGACAUGCCAGUCAACAGAAAGAUAUCUCUGUGCAAGGAUGACAGACCUAUACAUAUGAAAGGCUUCCUGAAAAUACCCAGUACAGGGACCCAGGGCUGGGAGAGGAAAUGGGCAUCUCUGGAGGACAAUAUACUGAUGUUAUACAACAAUGAGACUGACGCCAAUCCCGUUGAUUCCUUCAAUCUGAACCCCGAGGAGACAGACAUUACAGUACAUAGUGCUAUCAGUUCGGCAGAGCUUCCCAAUACUGCACUGACGGAUCUCAGUCAUGUCAUCAAAGUGGAGCAUGAACCUCUGACCACAUGCUGGCCUGGCAGAGUAUUAUACCUGAUGGCAAUGAACUUCUCAGAAAAGUCCAAGUGGGUGGCAUGUUUUGAAGGAGCAGUGAAAAACUUUCAGAAAAAGGACACUGUGAAAAGACAGAAAUUACAGACCACAACGAUUCUGGAUCUGGCUGGUGAGAAACGACUUGAUCUCAACUGUACAAAGGUUUUCUCCAAACAGCUGCUGCUGUUGGGAGCUGAUGAGGGAUUGUAUGCUGUCAGUAUGCAGAUAGGGAAGCCAUCUACAUUGGUGAAGUUAACAGGCUUCAAAAGUGUCCAUCAAAUUGAGAUAAUUAGUGCUGUGGGCAUGGUCAUCAUGGUUAUAGGAAAAAACAGACGAGUGGUAUGGGUUGAUAAAAAAUUAAUAAAGAUAAAAUUGGACCAAGCUACAGGAAACGAGUCGCCCCCUAUCCACUAUGAUGAGGUGGAGGGGAUGUUUGGUUGUACGCUACUGGAGGUGAAACGACACCACGACACAGUGUACAUGUGUGUAGGAAUGGUGGAUCGUGUCGUCAUACUCAAGUACAACACAGAUCUCCGUGCGUUCUGUGUCAGAAAGGAGCUGAUGACGUCAGAACCCUGCAGCUGUAUGUGUAUAUCACAGGACUUUGUAAUUGUGGGGACAGACAAAUUCUAUCGUAUCGACCUCGAACACCCAGCCAUGACAGAGUUUGUGGACAAGAAGGACAACUCACUCGCGUUUGCUGCAUUCGGAGCUGCCAUACACAAGAGUUUCCCAAUAGAUGUUGUCAAGGUGUCUCCAGAGGGACUGCCCCUGGAGUUCCUCCUCUGUUUCCAUGAAUUCGGUGUGUUUGUUGACAUCAAAGGAAGAAGGAGCCGACCCAAGGACUUGAAAUGGAGUUGCCUUCCAUUAGCGUUUGGUUACAGCGAGCCAUUCCUCUACAUUAUCUACUUCAACAGUAUCCAGGGAAUCACUAUUCCUGCCGACAAGAAUGACACAAGAGGAAAGCAGACUAUCCUGGACAUGCAUUGUCCACGGUACCUUGGAAGGGCAAUCAGGGUUGGAGGGGUGUAUGUAUCCACAAGUGACAGCCAGGGAACUCAGCUUGUGUGUCUGCGGGGAAACGACGGCAUGAACAUCAACUACUACGAGGAUAAUAAAGAGAACAAGUACAGUUUGGCAGUAAACAAAGGAAAGGGAAGGUUCGGCAGUCCAAGGAGAGGAAAUACCAUGGGCUCUUCCCACAUGCGGCGACAGCUGUCUGGCUCAUCUCUGGACAGUAACAUGAGUGAGAUCUCGUCAGUGUCCACAGUGUCCACAGCAACCAGUGUGGAAAGUUGUACAACGUAUGGAUCAGAUGUAUGACCUUGACUUCAGUCUUCCCACAGUAUAUGGGUCUGACCCCGAGUAUGCAGGUGAUAAAAGUUUUGUCCCAAAAACUUUUGGUUUGAAGGUCAGAAAUGUGACAUUGACCCAGGAUCAGAGAUUAACAUUGUCCCUGUCAUCAGGAUUGACUUUUGAUUGGGCAGUCAGACAUUUGACCUUGACUCUGGAUCAGAGAUUUGUGUUGUCUAUGUAUAGAGCACAAGUCAUUAUGAACUUUUGGUGGUCAGAAGUUUGACCUUGACUUUGGAUCAGAGAUUUGUGUUGUCUAUGUAUAGAGCACAAGUCAUCAUUAUGGACUAUUGAUUGGAGGUCAGAAGUUUGACCUUGACUCUGGAUCACAGAUUUGAAUUAUCCAUGUAUAGAUCACAAGUCAUCAUUAUGAACUUUUGGUGGUCAGAAGUUUGACCUUGACUCUGAAUCAGAGAUAAGUUUUGUCCUUGUGUAGGUCACAAGUCAUCUGGAAGGACUUUUGAAAUAUUGACCUUUAAUCAAUGCAGAAAAUAGUGCCAUGGAUUAUUUUUUUUCAAAAGCAAUUAUCUUGUUGUUUAACAAGUUUUUAAGUUCUGCAGAGUGAGGUUUUUGAUCUGUAAUUGAUUUUAGCUCCGUCAAAGUGGAACCAGGUGUAUAUCUGAUUCAAAGACAUUUUUACUUGUUCUACCAUAGAUAUGAACAUUCACAAGGACAUUGUUCCAUACUUAAUAUGACUUUAUACAUUCCUGAUGAAGUACAUGCUUGUGAGAAAUCUUGUUUUGAAAGUAUAUGUUUUAAACAAUUUAGUCAGGGCACUGAUCACAGAUUUUGUAUAUCAUUAUCCAUAUGCAUGGGGCCUCAGUGUUGUAACAAUUGACAGAUUGUACACUGAAUGUUGUUUGUAUAAAAUGAGACAGUGAUUAGAUGAUAUGUGUUUAACUCAAAUGAUAACAAGAAAUAUAUACUUGGAUAAUAUUUCAGUUGAAAGUUUAGUGGGAUUUGAGAAUGUGUUCGAACUUCAAAAUUGGAUUCAAAUUAUGCACUCAUCUUCAAAUAAGAAAAGUACAAAAAAAAACCAACUUUGGGUGGUUUAUGAUUUUUGGACUUUGUCAUUUUCUUCAUUAUUAAGAUGUCAGUUUUGUCAAUAUUCUUUAAUAGAAUCAGCCCUUUUCAUAAUUAAGUAAAAGAACUAUAGCAACCAAGUUUGAUCAAAAGACACACACCUGAGAGCAUGGCAAGUAGAAAUUUUCAAGAAGAAACAAAAAACAUUGAUUCACUUUUUGGGAAAAUGUGAAAUUUUCAUAGAUUUCCUAAAUUUUGUGAAAGAUUAACGAAUAAUUUUGUACACACCUUCAAUAAAUAGCAAUGUACUCCAGGACAAUAACAUAUAAAACCAAAGAAAUUUUGUUUCAUACUUUGAAUUGUAUUUUUCUGUAAAAUUUAUUGGAAACCGCAUCAAGAUAAUCAUGGAGUUAUAGUUCUCUGGUCGGUUGUAGAUUUAUAUGUUUCAUGUAUACUAAUUUUAUUUAUUUUCAGUUAGCUUCAGUUUUCUCUGAUGUAUGUAUUGAUGUAUAUUUCUGUUGGAGAAUUUUAUUGCAGAUCUCUAGUGUGCAGAACCAGUUUUAUAGAAAACAUUGUGUAUAGAGACAGUUUUUAUAGACUUCCAUAUAAAUAUCGAGUUUUAUAGAGCAUUACUUGCGAAGAGAGGCAGUUUUACAAAAGACUUGCAUUUACUUGUUUGUCAUUGAUGCAUCUUUCCUGGUUCGAUCUGGCAAAUUUUACCUGGUACAUUAUUAAGUUUUGAAUUUUUAGACUUUCAUUGAACUUGCAGACUAAUUCUACUCUUGUUAAAGAGUAGAUCAACAGUCUGCUUCUAAAUAAAAUAAUAAUUACUUCAGCCCGAAUUAAAAUGAUAACAGUAUGUCUGAACCCUACUGGCCUAGAAAUAACUCUGCUCUAAUUAUCCUAUUGAAAUUUUGAAUGUUGUUAUAAACUGAUGUACAUGUAAUAUACCUUUUUCUACCAUUUCUAACACCUGAUUAGAUUUUGGUGGUUAUUGGUCAAGGAUAAACGUCAAAGGUCACACUUCACUGCUUUUGUAAUAAAAUGGCUUGUGAGCAAGAUGUGAACCUCUGGACAGAUUUAGUUCAUAUUCACACUAUAGCAUCACACCAUCUAUACUUGGAUAGUUUUAUUUUAUUGAUUGAUCCAAUAGAGUAAAACUUAAUUAACUAUUGAAAAAUGAAGUUUUUUUCCCCUACCAACCUAUCUAUUAACCCAAACUUAAGAUCUUGUCACAUUUAGCCAAACAAAUAUUUGAUUAACACUGACCUUAGGGCCAGUGACCUUAGAAUAUAAAGUGUUAUGAUGCCUGAUAACACUUCUGACAUUAAGAACUUUGCGAAACUAGUCCCAAACAUUAGAAUAUUCUAGAAAUGUUCUUUUCUCUAACAUUUUUGAGGAGUAAGCUUGGUAAGUUUGUUUAAGUUUUAGUAUAAUGUGUAUCGUCAAAGUCGAUAUGCAUACUUGUAGGUGUAUUUUUGUGCAAUAUGACUCCUGAUAAUAACUUUUAAGUAAAUGGAUAUAGAGAUUUGAACCUACAGUUAGGUAAUACUGGAUGUGGUCUGCAUAAUGUUUUUGUUGUUUGCAUACCAGGUAUGUUUAAAAAAA